AUGGAGAGAGGGAAAGUGAAGAAAGAGAAAGGAAAGGAGACGGAGAAAGAGAAAAUUCGGGAAAAAGGAAAGGAGGGGAAAGAGAAAAGGAAGGAGGUGGAGAAGGAGAAAAUUAAGGAAAAAGAGAAGGAGCAAGAGAAAGGGAAGGAAGAGAAAAGUAAGAGUAAAGAGGAGGAAAAAAGGAAAGAGCGGGCGACAGAGAAAGAGAAGGAACAAUUUAAGGGAAAAGAAGAGAAAGAUAAGGACAACAACAGCGUCUUGACGAAGCCCCCGCUGGAGCCGCCGGAGAAUAAUAAGCAGAUCCUAGUGUUGGGCCUGGAUGGAGCAGGAAAGACCAGUGUUCUCCACUCUCUAGCUUUAAACAGAGUCCAGCACAGCGUGGCACCCACCCAAGGUUUCAAUGCAGUGUGCAUCAACACUGAAGACAGCCAGAUGGAGUUCCUGGAGAUUGGCGGCAGCGAACCUUUCCGUUCCUAUUGGGAAAUGUACCUGUCCAGGGGAUUGCUGCUGAUCUUCGUGGUAGAUUCAGCAGAUCACAUCAGAUUACCUGAAGCCAAGAAACACCUUCAUCAACUAAUUGGAACAAACCCAAUCAUUCCUCUGGUUGUGUUUGCAAACAAACAGGAUCUUGAAGCAGCCUAUCACAUUACAGAUAUCCAUGAAGCUUUGGCAUUAUCUGAGGUGGGAAAUGACAGGAAGAUGUUCUUGUUUGGAACCCAAGUGACUGAGAACGGCUCAGAGAUACCCUCCAUCAUGCAAGAUGCCAAAGACUUAAUUGCACACUUGGCUGCAGAUAUGCAAUGACCACGCCCAGGCCCACUGUGCAGCUCACAAUCUAGAUGUCACCAGGGAGUGCUGAAUGGCAAGCUGCAAGCCAAAGACUUCCACUUUCAAAUAAAAAAUAA